GCUGGCGGACGGCCGUGACUAGACAUUCGGUCAUAGGAGCAGUGGAGGGGGGCGCUCGAGCCACGUCGGUGAAACAAAUCAACGCUCGGAGGCAGAUUACAAAGAGGGUCCCUGCUGCUCAUCCAGGAGCAGGCGAACCAGGGCAAUGUCGACACCGGAUCCCCCCAUGGGAGGCACCCCGCGCCCGGGUCCUUCCCCCGGUCCGGGUCCCUCCCCUGGGGCUAUGCUGGGCCCCAGCCCUGGGCCCUCCCCAGGCUCCUCUCACAGCAUGAUGGGCCCCAGCCCUGGUCCUCCCUCUUCCGGACACUCUCAGCCAGGGCCCUCUGGAUACGGCCAGGACAAUAUGCACCCUCUGCACAAACCAAUGGAGGGCAUGCAUGAGAAGAGCAUGAGUGAAGAGAGCCGCUUCAGUCAGAUGAAGGGACUGUCUAUGAGACAGGGUGGGCACAGUGGUAUGGGCCCCCCACCCAGUCCUCUGGACCAACACUCCCAAGGCUACCACUCUCCAUUAGGUGGCUCUGACCAUUCCAGUCCUGUCCCUUCAAAUGGCCCCCCCUCUGGUCCUCUUAUGCCAUCAUCCUCUUCUUCCUCCUCCUCUGGUGGCCCCGGCUCAGCCUCUACACCUUUAGAUGGCCCAAGUGGAGAUCAACACACGCUAGGUCCCAAUAACCGCCCUGGCCCUCCUGGUAGCUCUGGCCCAGGCCCCAGCCCUGGACCCAGUCUUGGAUCCAGUGUCCCCAGCCUUGGAUCUGGCCUUGAAUCUGCUGGCCCAGCUGGCCCCGGAGGUCCUGGUGGCCCCGGUGGCCCAACUCCCUUCAACCAGAACCAACUCCACCAACUCAGAGCCCAGAUCAUGGCUUAUAAGAUGCUGGCUCGGGGGCAGCCCCUGCCAGACCACCUCCAGAUGGCUGUCCAGGGGAAGAGGCCAAUGCCUGGGAUGCAGCAGCAGCAGCCCAUGCCUAGCCUGGCCCCUGGGCCAGCAGGUGGGCCAGGAGGUGGACCAGCAGGACCAGUACCAGGGCCUGGGCCAAUGGGCUCAGGCUACAGCCGAGCUCACGGUAUGAUGGGUCCUAACAUGCCCCCACCAGGCCCAUCAGGGACCCCAGCUGGGAUGCAGGGACAAAACCCAAACGGACCACCCAAGUCCUGGCCUGAAGGUCCCAUGGUGAACGCAGCAGCCCCCUCAAACGCGCCCCAAAAGUUGAUCCCCCCUCAGCCCACUGGCCGGCCCUCUCCUGCACCUCCUUCAGUUCCCCCCGCCGCCUCCCCCGUGAUGCCUCCUCAGACGCAGUCCCCCGGCCAGCCAGCACAGCCUACUCCCAUGAUGCCUUACCACGCCAAGCAGAACCGCAUUACCCCCAUUCAGAAACCCUGCGGCCUCGACCCAGUGGAGAUCCUGCAGGAGAGGGAGUACAGGUUACAGGCUCGUAUCACUCAUCGUAUUGCUGAACUGGAAAACCUGCCGGGUUCUCUUGCUGGUGAUUUACGUACCAAAGCUACUAUAGAGCUCAAAGCCCUUAGACUGCUUAACUUCCAGAGACAGCUGCGUCAAGAGGUGGUGGUGUGUAUGCGUCGUGACACAGCUCUGGAGACCGCCCUUGAUGCUAAGGCCUACAAGCGCAGCAAACGUCAGUCUCUGCGAGAGGCCCGCAUCACAGAGAAGCUGGAGAAACAGCAGAAGAUUGAGCAAGAGCGCAAACGCAGGCAGAAACAUCAGGAGUACCUCAACAGCAUCCUCCAGCACGCCAAAGACUUCAAAGAGUACCACCGUUCAAUCACAGGCAAAAUACAGAAGCUGACCAAAGCCGUGGCCACCUACCAUGCCAACACUGAACGAGAGCAGAAGAAGGAGAACGAGCGUAUUGAGAAAGAGAGGAUGAGGAGACUUAUGGCUGAGGAUGAGGAGGGCUACCGUAAACUGAUCGACCAGAAGAAGGACAAACGUCUGGCCUACCUGCUGCAGCAAACUGAUGAGUAUGUCGCCAACCUCACCGAGCUGGUCAGAGCUCACAAGGCUGCGCAGGCCCUCAAAGAAAAGAAGAAGAAGAAGAAGAAAAAGAAGAAGUUGGAGAAUGCUGAGAGUCAGACUCCUGCCAUGGGUCCUGAUGGAGAGCCUCUGGAUGAGACGAGUCAGAUGAGCGACCUGCCUGUGAAAGUCAUCCAUGUGGACAGUGGAAACAUCCUGACGGGGGUGGAUGCUCCUAAAGCUGGACAGCUGGAUACCUGGCUGGAGAUGAACCCUGGCUAUGAGGUGGCUCCUCGCUCGGACAGUGAAGACAGCGAGGAGGAGGAAGAGGAGGAGGAGGAAGAGGAGGAGCCACAGCCCUCAGCAACUCCAGUGGAGGAAAAGAAGAAGAUUACAGACCCUGACAGCGAAGACGUGUCGGAGGUGGAUGUCCGACACAUCAUAGAAAAUGCAAAGCAGGAUGUGGAUGACGAGUAUAGUGGCGCGGCGUUUGCCCGAGGUCUCCAGUCUUAUUACUCUGUGGCUCACGCUGUCACAGAGAAGGUGGAGAAACAGUCCAGUUUGUUGAUAAAUGGACAACUCAAACAGUAUCAGAUUAAAGGUCUGGAGUGGCUUGUUUCCCUCUACAACAACAAUCUGAACGGGAUCCUGGCGGACGAGAUGGGUCUGGGAAAAACCAUCCAGACUAUCGCCCUCAUCACAUACCUCAUGGAGCACAAACGUCUCAAUGGACCCUACCUCAUCAUUGUACCCCUCUCAACUCUUUCAAACUGGGUGUAUGAGUUUGACAAAUGGGCACCAACAGUCGUCAAAGUGUCCUACAAGGGGUCUCCUGCUGCCAGAAGAGCCUUUGUUCCCCAACUGCGUAGUGGAAAAUUCAACGUUUUACUCACCACCUACGAGUACAUCAUCAAGGAUAAACAAGUACUGGCCAAGAUUCGUUGGAAGUACAUGAUUGUUGAUGAGGGCCACCGUAUGAAGAACCACCACUGUAAGCUGACCCAGGUCCUGAACACCCACUACCUUGCGCCGCGGCGAGUCCUCCUGACAGGGACGCCGUUGCAGAACAAACUGCCUGAGCUUUGGGCGCUGCUCAACUUCCUCCUUCCUACCAUCUUCAAGAGCUGCAGCACCUUUGAGCAGUGGUUCAACGCUCCUUUCGCCAUGACUGGAGAGAAGGUGGACCUCAAUGAAGAGGAGACCAUCUUGAUCAUCCGUCGUCUUCACAAAGUGCUCCGUCCCUUCCUGUUACGCAGAUUAAAGAAGGAAGUGGAGGCACAGCUUCCAGAGAAGGUGGAAUAUGUGAUCAAGUGUGACAUGUCGUCUCUUCAGAGGGUGUUGUACAGACACAUGCAGGCCAAGGGGGUUCUUCUGACUGAUGGAUCAGAGAAAGACAAGAAGGGUAAAGGAGGCACAAAGACACUGAUGAACACCAUCAUGCAACUGAGGAAGAUCUGUAACCACCCUUACAUGUUCCAGCAGAUAGAGGAAUCCUUUUCUGAGCAUUUAGGAUUCUCUGGUGGGAUAGUCCAGGGACCUGACCUGUAUCGUGCAUCAGGAAAGUUUGAGGUGUUGGAUCGUAUCCUACCCAAACUGAGAGCUACAAACCACAAAGUGCUGCUCUUCUGUCAGAUGACCUCUCUUAUGACCAUCAUGGAGGACUACUUCGCCUACCGCAACUUCAAGUAUCUUCGUCUGGAUGGCACCACAAAGGCUGAAGACAGAGGAAUGUUACUAAAGACAUUCAAUGAUCCAGAGUCAGAGUACUUUAUCUUCCUCCUGAGCACAAGAGCUGGAGGUCUCGGCCUCAACCUGCAGUCUGCCGACACCGUGGUCAUCUUUGACUCUGACUGGAACCCUCAUCAGGACCUGCAGGCUCAGGACAGAGCCCACCGUAUUGGUCAACAGAACGAGGUGCGUGUGCUGCGUCUCUGCACGGUCAACAGCGUAGAGGAGAAAAUACUGGCCGCAGCCAAGUACAAAUUAAAUGUGGACCAAAAGGUCAUCCAGGCCGGCAUGUUUGAUCAGAAGUCUUCCAGCCACGAGCGCAGGGCCUUCCUGCAGGCCAUCCUGGAGCACGAAGAGCAAGACGAGGUCUGGGGUCAAGACAUGUGUCUACGCAUGAAUGAGGAGGAUGAGGUGCCGGAUGAUGAGACGGUCAACCAGAUGAUCGCCAGGAGCGAGGAGGAGUUCGACCAGUUCAUGCGUAUGGACCUGGAUCGGCGGCGGGAGGAGGCCCGUAACCCGCGGCGAAAGCCUCGUCUGAUGGAGGAGGACGAGCUGCCCACUUGGAUCAUGAAGGACGAUGCCGAGGUUGAACGGCUGACCUGCGAGGAGGAGGAGGAGAAAAUGUUCGGACGAGGUUCUCGGCAGCGAAAGGAAGUGGACUACAGUGACUCGCUGACCGAGAAGCAGUGGCUCAAGGCGAUAGAGGAGGGGACACUGGAGGAGAUGGAGGAAGAGGUGCGUCACAAAAAGACAACCCGCAAAAGGAAGAGGGACCGCGACCUGGAUCUCCCCGGUCCCUCCUCUUCCUCCGGGGGACGAGGACGAGGGGACAAAGACGACGACGGGAAGAGGCAGAGGAAGAGGGGACGACCGCCUGCUGAGAAACUCUCCCCAAAUCCUCCCGCCCUCACAAAGAAAAUGAAGAAGAUCGUGGACGCUGUCAUCAAAUACAAAGACAGCGCCAGUGGGCGUCAGCUGAGCGAAGUGUUUAUCCAGCUGCCAUCUCGAAAAGAGCUGCCAGAGUACUACGAACUGAUCCGCAAGCCGGUGGACUUCAGGAAGAUCAAGGAGAGAAUUAGAAGUCAUCGGUACCGCAGUCUGGGUGACCUGGAGAGAGACGUCAUGCUGCUCUUCCAGAACGCUCAGACCUUCAACCUGGAGGGAUCACUGAUAUAUGAAGACUCCAUCGUGCUGCAGUCAGUUUUCACCAGUUUGAGGCAGAAGAUUGAGAAGGAGGAGGAAAGUGAGGGAGAGGAGAGCGAGGAAGAGGAGGAGGAGCAGGAGGAAGGAUCAGAGUCUGAAUCUCGCUCUGUGAAAGUGAAGAUCCGUCUGGGCCGGAAGGAUAAAGGUGGAGAUCGGGGGAAGGGACGCAGCAGACGAACAGGACGCACCAGAGCCAAACCUGUCGUCAGCGAUGACGAUUCUGAGGAUGAGCAGGAAGAGGAGCGCUCCCCCAGUGCUACUGAUGAAGAGUCUUGAGCUGUACUGUGACAUGGAAGAAAAUGUGGUAUAAAGCGAUAUUCCACCAACUCACCAAACACCACAUAUACAGUAAAUAAAACACACCUCUAUCAACUCCAUCCACCCUCAGUCAAAUGUCAAAGGACUAAAAUAGAGGGAGGUUUGCAAUACUACAGAAUCACAUGGAAACAGAACAGUAUCAUCGUCAUAUAUCAUAAAAUUCACCAAUUAAUUUUUACCUCUUCUUUGCUGUUGCGUAGCUGAAGAAAGUCUAAACACCAUGGGAUCAGAUGAGCUUUUUAUCUUUGUGAGUUUUGUCGCUUUUACUGAGAAUCUUGUCUGUGUGCAGUUGUGAAAGAACUACUUGAAUGAAGCUAGUAACGUCUAAUCUGUUUACAUGUGCAUAGACAAUGGCUUAAAAAAUACAAGACAGAUGAGUGACAAUAAUCAAUAUAACGUAAUAACCAAGAAGAACUAUGCUGCUUACAGCAGGCAGCAGAAUUUCUCCCACAUCCCUCAUAAAAAGCUGUUAAUGGACAUCUGGUGAAACAUGUUAAAACAGUUGCACCCAAAGGAGAAUCACAACAAACCACAGACACGUCUACAAUACACUGCGCAGUUCUGGUUUCCUUUGUCAUUUUGGUAUGUUUUAAUGCCAUUUGAAGAUAUUUUAAUCCUAUUUUAAUAAUUAUUCAAAUAAUAUAAUGUACUGAACCCUUACUUACUGGGAAUGUUCUUCAGCUAAGAAAAUAUACUGCAACUGCCCUGAAUCCAUGUGUAAAUAUAUUGGCAGAACUUUACUUUAAGUUCCCCUGCCAAGAAUUAUUCAGAUUUUCUCAUUUUCUUGAUCAAACUGUAUUAAAAACUAGUCCUUAGCUAACCUGAAGAGUUAGAACUGCUGGAAGCCAGUAAAGUGAAGUAAACACCAUUGAAUGUAAACAGAAAAUGUUUUCAGACAGAGCUGUUUUUUUGUUGUUGUUGGGUUUUUUUAAGCCCAGCGUGAAGCUACCACCUCACCUCACCCUACCUUACCUUACUUUUGGACAUAAACAAACCUGAUGUUUCACCUCUGCUUCACUGUGGCAAUGUGUUGUAACAACAGUCAGCCGCUUUGGAGCCACUGUGAUUACUGAGGUGUGUGUACAUCACAUACUUGUGACCGGGGCUCACUGUUUGAGUUGGAAAUGGAGCCCGCUGCGGGCGCAGGGUGUUUCCAGACUUCUCAGAAGCUCUUGAGCAACUCACCACAGUUAUUUGACUGAGGUUUAAUGGAGUUGAGUCCAGUUCGCUCUCCAAUAUUGUAUAUAUGGUACAGUAUAAAGACAAACUCCUCCACCUUGCUGCUGCUUACCCGUUUCACUUCCAGUAUAAGCACUUAUAACUGUUGAUUGUAGACUUAAAGAAUCAUGAGGUUGUAUUUCAUCGAUGAGUACUGUAACUUUAAUUGCUUCUCCUUCAGUUGUUGUGUGGUGAUUUUAGGAUUUCAGAACUAUUUGAUGUACUUUGGCACUUUUUAUGUUUUUUGAUUUCAAGACAAAGGACCAGAGGGACAGUGGCUCUUCUCUGCUUGUGAAUGCCUGAUGGCCGUAUGGUGUUGGAUAUACUUUAUAGAUUGUUUUUUUAGAAUAUAAUGUCCAUGCACGUGUGUACAGCUCGCAAGUUUAGUGCUGUACUUUUCUCAUUAUGCUAGGUUACUAGAGUGAAGAACAUACAACCAAAGCAUCAACGUUUUCACCACUAAAUUAUUAAGAUCUGUCUGUGUUGUGUUGUGUUAUUAUCGCUGGAACUUGAAACGUAACAAUAAACCACAGUAAAAAUGAA